ACACACACAGCAACAGCUGCAACACGUGCAACUUGUUUUGUUUUCAUAGUGUUUUCCGCAAUUUUAAACAGAUAAACCAUGAAAAUCCGCAGGAAUCAUGUGCGCAAGCGUUACCGCUACAAUGUUAAUCGCAAAACUAUGAACAGAACACGCUCGUCCACUGGAAAAAUCAAGGAUCCCGAAAUGCAGAAGUUGUGGCUGGAAGGUAAACGCGUCGGCACCAAUUUCAAGGAAAUGGGCUUGGCCAGCGAUCCAAACAAGUCUGUUGGCAUACCGAAUUAUAAACGCAACAGACUCGAAUCUGUCAAAAUUGUGAAGAAGCUCGAUGAUGACGAGCUGGCGAGGCUGGACUCCAAGGCGCAAGCUGCAGCAGAAGAGGCGCAGAAACCAAAGCGGGGUCAUGUCGUCCAAGAGCUGGAACAAAUGGCCAUUGACCGACGAGCCGAUCCAGAGUUCAGAUUACCCAAAGGCGUUGUCAAGGAGCUAACAUAUUUUCUCGGCAAGCACAGGUUCAACUAUAGGGCCAUGGUCGCAGAUCGUCGCAAUCACGGUCAGUGGACGUGGCGGCAGUUUCGAUUGAAAAUUCGUAGAUUUAUGGCGAUUCCGGAACAAUUCAACGAAUACCUCAAGCAAAGAAAUUUACCAAUAGGCGUUAAACCAGAUUGGCCAGAAUACGAUUCGGACAGUGAAUGGAAAUGAAAUAAUAUGACUAAGAAUAGUACAUAAGCACACUUCUAUACAUACUUAUUUCCUAAAUACAAAUAUACAAAUGUUUAAUUGA